ACAGAAAUACUUGUGUAAUACUUUUUUCUCUCUCUUACAGUCUUUUACCUGACAUUUUGAACUUUAGACACAUCUGAAUGUCUGGGUUCUGGAGCAAAGCAACAUUAACUGAAUGAAUGUGACUGCAGUUGUUUAGUUUUCGUAUAUACUCAACAGGAGGAUUGCAUGUGUGGACUUGUUGCUGACAUCAAAGAAGGCAGCGCGGAGGACAACCAUCAAAGCUCAAAGUCCCUCUCAGUCACGUCCUGCAAUUGUCUCUGUGUAGGCGGACGGCGGAGAGAGAAGGAGGGUUUGAGUGUGGCAGCAGGGGAGAAGAAGGCGAGAAGCAUCUGGUUCUCCACUUCUCUGAGAGGAACCAAAGCCAUUAGUGGGGAGCAUGUGUGCUGCAAUUCUGGAGGAGUACUGCGGCUCUGUCUUCUGGAAUGCUUCAUAUCUGAACAGAGAAGACCCAGACCUCCCAGUAUGUUUCGAGCAAACGGUGCUGGUCUGGAUCCCCCUGGGCUUCCUGUGGCUCUGCGCCCCGCGACACCUGGCGUCUCUCUUCAGCAGGAAGCAAGUCACCAAAAGACACCUGUCUAAACUCUACAUCUGCAAACAGCUUGUGGUCUCUCUGUUGUUCCUGACAGCCAUCGCAGCCCUGGCCGUGACACUAGGACAGGAUUAUGGUCCAAGCGCAGACCCACCUUCAACAGUGAAAAACGCGGGUGUAUACUACGUUAACCCCAUCCUAUACGCGGUGACAUGGAUACUUCUGCUGUUGUGCCAGGAAGGAGUCAGGCGGAGGGAAGGAGCAGUAGACUCGGCCACUCUUUUCGUUUUCUGGUUGUUCCUGGUUCUGUGUGAUGUCUUUCCUUUCCAGACCCUCCUACGAGAGGCGCUCAGGCUGGGCGAAAUCAGUGAUGUUCCUCGUUUCUGCCUGUUCUACAUUUCCUUUGGAUUGGAGUUGAUUGCACUCAUUCUCUCUGCUGUGGCUGAUAUCGCUCCAGAAGACAAGGAGCUUUUCAAAAAGAAUCCAGAGGCAGGUGCAGCAUUUUUGAGCAGAAUUACUUUCAACUGGUUGAACAGUAUGAUGGUCAAGGGGAACAGGCAGCCCUUGGUACAGGAGGACUUGUGGGAGCUGCAGGAGGAAGAUAGCACAGCUGCCAUCAACGAUCGCUUUCAGUUUUUCAUGAAGUCAGAGUUGGCUGCAGCUCGGGUCCGGUUGGAAACAAAGUUGAAGAAAAAACAGGAUAGCAAAGCAAAGGGAGCCACCUUUCAAAAUCCCAUGACCAACGGACUGGCCAAUGGCGUCAGUCAGGACGUGCUGAUGAUGGAGGAAAAGGGAAAGAAAGAUGAUGGAAAGAAAGAUGAUGAAAAGAAGGAAAAGGACAAAGAGAAGGAGGAAGUUGAUCAUCCCAGUUCAUGGCUGAUUUCCACCAUUUACAAGAGCUUCAAAGGUCUUCUGCUUGAAUCUGCCUUCUUCAAACUUCUCCAGGACCUACUGGCUUUUGCCAGUCCUCAACUUCUAAAAUUGAUGAUCUCUUUCACUCAGGACAAAUCUAGGUAUAUCUGGGAGGGGUACCUGUAUGCAGUGCUGCUGCUCCUGGUGGCCAUCCUGCAGUCUCUGUUCCUGCAGCAGUACUUCCAGCGCUGCUUUGUGCUGGGGAUGAAGGUUCGCACGGCCAUCAUUGCUGCUGUGUACAAAAAGGCAUUGGUUGUGUCUAAUGAUACACGUAAAGAGUCUACGGUUGGGGAAACUGUGAACCUGAUGUCAGCAGACGCCCAGCGCUUCAACGACGUGACCAACUUUAUCCACCUGCUGUGGUCCUGCCCUAUGCAGAUCCUGUUGUCCAUUGUCUUUCUGUGGAUCGAGUUAGGACCGUCUGUGUUGGCAGGUCUGGCAGUCAUGGUCCUGAUGGGGCCCAUCAAUGGACUGAUAGCCAACAAGGCCAGAAAAAUCCAGAUAAAGAGCAUGAAGUUCAAAGACAAGAGACUGAAAAUCAUGAAUGAAAUACUCAAUGGAAUGAAGAUUCUGAAGCUGUAUGCAUGGGAGCCAUCCUUCCAGACACAGGUGGAGGACAUUAGGGAGAAGGAACUUAAAGUCAUGAAGAAGUUUGCCUACCUGUCGUCUAUCUCCGUCUUUGUGUUCAACACUGCUCCGGCUUUGGUUUCUCUGGCCACAUUUGCAGUGUUUGUAAGGGUGAGCCCAAGCAACAUUUUGACUGCGGAGAAAGCUUUCACCUCCAUCUCGCUUUUCAACCUCCUCCGAUUUCCCCUGGCCAUGCUGCCCAUGCUCAUCGCUGCCAUUGUGCAAAUGACAGUGUCUAAAAAGCGUCUGGAGAAGUUCCUGGGAGGCGAGGACCUUAAAACUGAUGUUGUGCUCCAUGACCCCAGUUUCAACACUGCUGUUAGUGUACGAGAUGGCUCCUUUGCUUGGGAGAGACAAUCUGAGCCUCUGCUGAAAAAUGUUUCCUUAGAUAUUAAGCCAGGUCAGUUGGUGGCAGUAGUGGGAGCUGUGGGUUCAGGAAAGUCUUCUCUCAUGGCAGCCCUCCUGGGAGAGAUGUACACCACCAAGGGCUUCAUUAACAUUCAGGGUUCUCUAGCCUUUGUGCCACAGCAGGCCUGGAUCCAAAAUGCGACUCUGAAAGACAACGUCCUGUUUGCCUCCUCUCCUCUCCUCUCCUCUCUUCUCCUCUCCUCUCAGGGCAUUAAUCUCUCAGGUGGUCAGAAGCAGCGUGUGAGUUUGGCCAGGGCAGCUUACAGUCAGGCUGAUAUUUAUUUAUUAGAUGAUCCCUUGUCUGCUGUGGACUCUCAUGUAGGAAAGCAUCUCUUUCAUCAAGUGAUUGGACCCAAUGGACUCCUAAAAGACAAGACUCGCAUCCUGGUGACUCAUGGAGUGAGCUUCCUGCCAUAUGUAGAUGAAAUAGUGGUGUUGGUGGAUGGAGUGGUAUCCGAGGUUGGAUCCUAUAAAAGCCUUCGUGCCAGCAAGGGAGCGUUUUCUGAAUUUCUAGACACAUAUGCCAAAGAGCAAAGAAAUCGGACCACUUCAGAGCCAGGUACCACUUCAGAGCCAGGUGGUUUCCAGGAGACUGUAGACGUGGAGCUCAUACCUGAAACUGAAGAUCUUCAACCCGACUCUCCUUUGGAGGACACCGUUUCUCUUACACUGAAGAGAGAAAACAGUAUCCGCCGCAGCAAGCGCAUUGGCAGUGUCAGACUAAGAAGACAAAGCUCUAUAAAAGAACCAGAAGUAGCCGACAAAUCAAACAAAGGCCAGAGACUAAUUGAGAAGGAAACGAUGGAAACAGGACAGGUCAAGUUCUCAGUAUUCCUCCAGUACCUGCAUGCCAUGGGCUGGGGAUAUACCGUCAUCGUCUUCCUGGUUUACUUAUUACAGAACAUUGCUUUCAUUGGUCAAAACUUGUGGCUGAGUGACUGGACCAAUGACGCAGUGGACUACUACAACAUGACAUACCCAAGUUGGAAGAGGGACACCAGGGUGGGAGUGUUUGGAGUUCUGGGAGUGGCUCAAGGCUUCUUUGUGUUCUUCAGUACGCUGCUCCUGGCCAAAGCUUCAAUCUCUGCCUCACGUAUCCUGCAUUCGAGGCUGCUUAACAACAUACUGCGAGUUCCCAUGGUAUUCUAUGACACCACACCCAUUGGAAGAGUCGUCAACCGCUUUGCAAAGGAUAUUUUCACAGUGGAUGAAGCCAUUCCACAGUCCUUCCGCUCCUGGUUAAUGUGUAUGCUGGGUGUGUUGGGGACACUGUUUGUCAUCUGUCUGGCCACUCCUUUCUUCACCAUCAUCAUCAUUCCUCUGGCCUUGGUCUACUACUUUGUACAGCGUUUCUAUGUAGCGUCUUCAAGGCAGCUACGUCGACUGGACUCAGUGUCUCGCUCUCCUAUAUACUCACACUUUAGUGAGACAGUGUCAGGUUUGUCAGUGAUAAGAGCCUACGGCCAUCAAGAAAGAUUUCUGAGCCACAACACAAAAACUAUUGAUGAAAACCUCAAGAGCGUCUACCCGUGGAUAGUGUCAAACAGAUGGCUGGCCAUCCGUCUGGAGUUCCUUGGGAACCUAGUGGUGUUUUUCUCCGCUCUGCUUGCAGUAUUAUCCAGGGACACUCUGGACAGCGGCCUGGUUGGCCUGUCUAUAUCCUACUCCCUUAAUGUGACCCAGACCCUUAACUGGCUCGUAAGGAUGACAUCGGAGCUGGAAACCAAUAUUGUGGCCGUGGAGAGAGUGAGUGAAUACACCGAGCUGGAGAACGAGGCUAAAUGGGUAACUGACACUCGGCCUCCAGAGAAGUGGCCCGAGGCAGGAAGAGUUCAGUUUGACAACUACAAGGUCCGUUAUAGACCUGGAUUGGACCUGGUGCUGCAUGGCAUCACCUGUGACAUCAACAGCAUGGAGAAGAUUGGUAUAGUGGGUCGCACAGGAGCCGGGAAAUCCAGCCUGACCAACUGCCUGUUUAGGAUUAUUGAAGCUGCUGAAGGUCGUAUCCUCAUUGAUGGUGUGGAUGUUUCCACAAUAGGCCUGCAUGACCUCAGAAAUAGCCUAACAAUCAUACCACAGGAUCCAGUGUUGUUCUCGGGGACCCUGAGGAUGAACCUGGACCCAUUUGACAAAUUCAGCGAUGAGGCGAUCUGGAAAGUGUUGGAGCUCUCCCAUCUGAAGAACUAUGUAGCAGGGCUGCAGGAAGGACUACAGCAUGAGGUUGCAGAGGGGGGAGAGAACCUAAGUGUGGGGCAGAGGCAGCUGCUUUGCCUUGCUCGGGCACUGCUGAGGAAGUCCCGUAUCUUGAUCCUGGACGAAGCCACGGCAGCUGUUGACCUGGAGACAGACGACCUGAUUCAGACUACCAUCCGUCAGGAGUUUUCACACUGCACUGUCCUCACCAUCGCCCACCGCCUGCAGAGCAUCAUGGACAGCUCCAGAGUAAUGGUGCUUGAUGCCGGAAAGAUUGUGGAAUUUGAUUCUCCGAGCAACCUGCUUGAAAAACGGGGCAAUUUCUAUGCCAUGGUGAAGGAUGCUGGAAUAACGCAAGAAGACGUCACAAGUCUUUGAUUUUGAAAUUGGACUUUUAAUGUACAGAAACUCCAUUGAUUUUUUUUUCAAAAGCUGGAUUGUGCUUUGAUAUGAAGAAAUAUUUUACAUUUGUAUUUAAAGGAAACAAUAGAAAUAAAUCAUAUACUGUAUGUAAAUAAUUGUAUAUGACAAAAUAAAUAUUCUCUCACAUAACGGGUAAUUGUUUUUGAUAAGUAAAACCACUUCAGUUGUUUAACCUCUGUGUCAUUUGAACACUGUUUAACGGGUCUUUACAGUUAUAGAUCUACAUGAUGUUUAAUACACUUAUAUGCACUAUAGGUGAGAGUAAGAUGAGAAGAUUGAUACUCGCAUGUUAAAUGAAUACAUGUGUAAGCCUAUACAUUGUGGUUUUCUUUUCAUCUGGAUUCUUUCUUUUGCCUGCUAACAAAUGAGUUGUUUUCAACAAAAAUAACUACCACCUGGCUGUAGGUUUAUUUUUAGUUGAUAGGAAUAAGGGUUCAAUUUGAAAUCUCAUCUGAUUCUCUCUCAUCUGAGAUAAAUCAUUACACAAAAUACAUUAAAAAAAUUAUUUAAUAAUGGUCAAAUAUGGCAACCACAAUGUCUGUUAUUUAAACGUAUGUUUGUUUGUGUGUCUGUAUUUGUAAUGCCUACUAUUUAUUGACAUAGAUCUUUUCACACCCUCCUCCCAUUUAGGGGCAUACAACAAAACCCACAAGGUAAAUACGAAUUGUCUUACAAUGGUUCUUUGUUAAGGCUUACAUGUGUCUCAAGAGAAUAUAUGUAUGUCUCAAGACUGUCCUUCUAAGGGACAAAAACUAGAAUGUGUAUGUUUCUGUAUUGCAACUGUGUAUGUGAUGCACCUCUAUUUCCUUAAAUAGUCUAGUGAAGAACAGGUGCGAAAGUGCGCUGGUAAUUAUACGCAUGAAAACAUCCAGAAAUGUUCUCUGUGAAUCAACAAUGCUGGUGGGGGAAACAAGUCGUUCUCUGGAAUAUCUUGGUUAAUAAUAAAAAAAAAUCUACACAA